GGAGGGGCGGCCCCGCGGGGGCGGUGCCGAAUCGAGCGCUCGGCGCUCGCCGGACCCGGCGCAGCGAUCGCGCCGUGACCCAGCGCGGUCAUGGCCGGCUUCAUCAACUUCGCGGACGAGGAGGAGGUGCGGGCGUACCUGGAGAACCUGCACGUGGAGUACAGCUAUCAGUGCUUCAAGGAGAAGGAUCCGGACGGCUGCCAGCGCUUCGCCGAUUACCUGGAUGCCGUGAAAAAGGACUUCGUGGCGGCGGCGCGGGUGCUGCGCGACAACUGCGAGGAGCACGGGCACAGCGAGAGCUGCUACAAACUGGGGGCCUACCAGGCCCUGGGCAAAGGUGGACUCAACCCGGAUUUGAAAGCUGCCUACAAAUCUUUCAUAAAGUCGUGUGAGAAAGGUGGGAAGAAGUCAGCAAAUGCGUGUCACAGCGCUGGGCUGCUGGCCCAGGACGGGAGAGCCAACAAUGACCAGCCUGACCCUGCUGUCGCUAGAGACUAUUACACAAAAGCCUGUGAUGCCAAUUUUGCUCCCAGCUGCUUCAACCUGAGUGCGAUAUACCUGCAGGGAGCUCCUGGGGUCCCCAAGGACAUGAGCUGUGCCUUGAAGUACUCGCUGAAGGGCUGUGAGCUGGGGCACGUGUGGGCUUGUGCCAAUGCCAGCCGCAUGUACAAACUGGGGGAUGGCGUUGAAAAGAAUGAUGCUAAGGCAGAGGAGCUGAAAAACAGGGCAAAACAGUUGCAUAAAGAGCAGAAAGAAGCUGCAAGUUCUCUAACAUUGGGGGAGUAAAACUGUUGUAGAUAUUAAGACUGUGGUUUUUAAAUGGCAAAUGAAGUUAUUUAAAUGGUGAGCGUACAGUUUUCAUUUAAAUAAAUAUCCUGUGUUUGGAUAUGCAAAUAAAAUUAUAUUUUUGUGGAUACAACAAAUGACUAUCCCUGCUGUG